CGGAGGCUGGCCGGGGAGCCCCGGCGGACGGGCAGCCGGGGCAGCAGGCGGGCGCGCGGGCGGGCCAUGGAGCGCUGGAAGGGCCGCGUGGCGCUGGUGACGGGCGCCUCGGUGGGCAUCGGCGCGGCGGUGGCGCGGGCGCUGGUGCAGCACGGCAUGACGGCGGUGGGCUGCGCCCGGAGCGUGGACAAGAUCGAGAAAUUGGCAGCAGAGUGCCAGAGUGCUGGCUACCCGGGCACCCUCAUCCCGUACAAGUGCGACCUCUCCGUUGAAGAAGAGAUCCUCUCCAUGUUCUCCGCCAUCAAGACCCUCCACCAGGGAGUUGAUGUCUGUAUCAACAACGCUGGCUUGGCCCGGCCAGAGCCCUUGCUCUCUGGCAAGACCGAGGGUUGGAGGACGAUGAUUGACGUGAACGUGAUGGCUGUGAGCAUCUGCACUCGGGAAGCCUACCAGUCCAUGAAGGAGCGAAGCAUCGACGAUGGCCAUAUUAUUAAUAUUAACAGCAUGAAUGGCCACAGCGUGGUCCCUCAGUCCGUCGUGCAUUUUUACAGCGCCACAAAAUACGCAGUCACGGCGCUGACCGAAGGGCUGAGGCAGGAGCUCAGGGAAGCGAAGACGCACAUACGAGCCACGUGUAUAUCUCCGGGACUGGUAGAAACUGGAUUUGCUUUUAAACUCCACGAUAAUGACCCGGAGAGAGCAGCAGCGACGUACGAGAGCAUUAGGUGUCUAAAAGCAGAAGAUAUGGCCAACGCGGUCAUAUAUGUUCUCAGUGCUCCACCUCACGUGCAGAUUGGUGACAUUCAGAUGCGGCCUACCGAGCAGGUAUCAUAGCAAACGGAAGAGGAUUCGCUGCUGGUGCGGCACAGCAGGGGGUACGGAGCGCCAUUGAUCCGCUCAGGGUUUUCCUUCUGUGACGUUUUAAGUGCUGCAAUAGGAAGAAUUGAUUCUCCCUCUCCCCCAUUACUCUCCCAUUUUGAGCCGACGUCAGCUGAGCGGAAACUCAAAAUGGAAAGGCAGUGUUGAUUGCAGAAGUCUUCUCCACCG